UGGUGGUGGCAGCAGCAGCGGAGGCGUUAGGAGGACAGCAGAUAGCGCCGUCGCCGACCCUGUUAUCAUGGCUUUGCGGGGUGUCGGGAGAACCCGAUCCAGGGUGGUGACAAUUCAGCCAGCUGAGCCGACGGCGCCGGUCGACUGGCGCCAGCAGUCUACGGAAACGUUUCUCGCGUCCAUGGACAGCACGGGGUAUGACAACGCGCUGAAACACUUGGAAAAAAUCGGCUCGACGUUUGCAAAGGACACCCGUAAACGCUUGCGAGGGUUGGAAGACAAGGUCAAUACAGCAGUCUCGUUUGGAGCGAGCAAUCGAGCAGGCGCAAAAGAAGCGUAGGCGCAAAAGAAACGUAGAACCAAGGAGGGAAGCCGCACGUUGCAAACGAUCCUCACCGCUGCGGCCUUUCCUGUGGACGGCGUAGACGAGGUUCCAUUAUUGUCGGCAGCACGUAGGGCGAAGACGCUGGGGGUUCGCCAGCACGCCUUCAACUCUGCGGUGGAGCUUGCUAAGAAUUUGCUGUCCGAUCUUGAUCCAACCGACGCGAUAAAACGCGGUGUCUACUGGUUUUGGGCCCGAACUAAGCAAAAC